UCCGGGAAAUUAGCAUGCUAAUGAUCAGUUAAGUGUCGUGGAUCUGUUACAGACUUUAAUUUAGUCCACAUUUGUUCAAUGAUUUUUCAACCUUCCCAUUUGAGUGAGGGGUUCUCCCAAUACCCAAAAUGUCAGUAGACCCUCUUAGAGAAUACUGAGAUACAUUUUGAGGGUAUAUUUAAAUUUCGAAUGGGAAAAUUCCGCCGUGAUCUACAACGUAUCAUCGCCGUGGUUUGACAGUGUACACACAAAAUGGCCAUUGCAAGCUGACAGACAGACCGCCAUUUCCUUGUCAUUUUCCCCAUAAAUUACUGGCCUGAGAUGCGUAUUGUGGACCCUUUGUUGUUCCAAAGACCCUGUAGAAGUAUCGAGGAUGACGACUGAACCCAAAAUCACAUCAAUCAAAGAACUACGACCAGGAAUGAAAAACCUUAACAUGGUUUUUAUCGUUCUCGAAAUGGGUACUUCAUCCAAAACCAAAGACGGUCAUGAGAUUCGUUCAUGUAAGGUUGCCGACAAAUCUGGCUGCAUCAAUAUGUCUGUGUGGGAUGAGCUCGGCCGAAUUAUACAACCAGGCGACAUGCUAAAAUUAACGAAAGGAUAUGCGUCCCUUUUCAGAGGUUGUCUAACAUUAUACACUGGAAUGGGAGGAAAACUGCAUAAAAUAGGAGACUUUUGUAUGGUAUUUUCAGAAAUGCCAAAUAUGAGUGAACCCAACGCCGAGUUCAUUGCACAACAAAAAGUGAGUUUGCAAGAACAGCGAAGCAACUCACCCACGGGGCCGGGGCAAGGACCCAGUGAUGGUAGGCCACCAAAUAAUGGAGGACCUAGAAUGGGACCUAACGGCAACCAAAACCAGAAAAGUACUUAUGAUCAGCAGCCGCCGAGACCACCUACCCCUCCAAUGGGCGUGAACUUCCCCCAGUCUCACCCCAAUCGUGGUGGAAUGAGCCAAGGAGGCCCAAAGAAUGGCAUGGGACCGGGCUUUUCCACUGAUCACAGAGGGGGGAGGGGAAGAAGAGGAAGAUAACAUUAGUUCAAUGUAUAUGCAUACUUCUUUCUUUGGGUAUAUUAUGAACAAAUAUUUUGUUGAGACAAAAAGGAUGAAUUUGUUCUUUUCAGUUUUGGCUGAAAUAAAGUAAUGUUUCUAUAUCUUUGAACUACACUUGGCAAACUCAACCAAAAAAAAAGAAAGAAAGGAUUUUUACCACUUUGGUGAAGUAUAGUGGAUUUUCAAUGAACUAUUGCAGAUUUUUCUGAAUACAUUUGUAAAAGCUGACAUACACUUUGAAUGGUCAAAAUAAAUGUAUUUCUUUGAAUGAAAUCAUGGUAUUAUAAAUUGAAGUAGGUAUUGUGAUGUACUUGUUUUGCCAACACAAUUGUACUAACAUGAUACACUAGGUUGACUGUCUGCCCUUGCAAAUUAAUGGUUACAGGUUAGAUUCCAGCCAGAGUUGCAGUUCCCACAGUUCCCAGUGUUAUUUAAGUUGUGGGUGUACUAGUUUGCUGUCGACAUUUGUUAAACAAGAAAAUAAUUUUUCAGUCUAAACUACAUCAGUCCACAUGUAGUAUUUGAGUUCAUGGGAAUGGAAUUGAGUAAUGUAUGAAUUUGUGAACGUUAACUUCAAUGUGCACUCUCUAUCGUCGGAAAAGCCAUUUGGUUCAUUCAAAAUUCCUGUUAUUGAAAUUAACUGGUUCCCAUGCAGUAGUGUGGCAUAUCCUGUGCUGUAUUUAGUUGGUUACCUUGAUAAAUAAUGAUAGUUCCUUUGCUAAGACUGCACUUCCACCUACAAUUUCCUGUAGGUUUAUCAUACAAUGUUUCCACCAUGGAAAUGUGCGUGCCCUGCAGAUGUGUACUAAAUGUGUUAGUCUUUUGACUGUUUUCUUUGUACAUGUACUUGACUUUCUCCAUGGCACAACCUAGUAGUUACUGUUAAUACUGUGUAUAUACAUGUACAUGAACGUGCAAGGGAUUUGACUGAAAAUAAAUGUCAUGUUGAAAUAACA